UGAGAAGAGAAAGCCACGCAGGUGGCAGAGGCUGGAUAACACUUGAAAAGACCGCCAUCUCAAAUGAGACGGGCUGGUGGCAUUCUUCGAAUGGGAGGCCUCCGUCCUCGUUUCGUUUUGUUAGUGGUUAAUUGAGCACUUGGACUCAACCGUGUAUUGUGGUCGUAACUGCGGAUCCUCCUUGUAAGCAUCCUCGAUCCCUUUUCCGGACAGAAGAGACCGACUUUUCUUUGUCGUGACUGUUUAGAGUUCAAAAUGGAUUCCUCCGAUCCCAAAUUGAUUGACGAUUCAUACGACAGCGAUGCUCAGUUGCUAGUAGACGAUGACGAACCCCGAAAAGCCGUCCGAGUUUGCCCGGUUUGUGGACAAGUGACCAAAUAUAACCAACUCAAGAACUAUGGGGCUUAUUCCUGCUUCAGCUGUCGAGCUUUCUUUCGGAGAUCCCACGAAAAUACCCGCAAUCCGGACUUCAUUUGCCGCAAAAAUGGCGAAUGCGAUAUCCAACUAAAUAAACGGAAGAAAUGUCGCAAAUGUCGGUAUGAUCGAUGUGUCGAGAUUGGAAUGCGACAAGAUCGGAUCCUGGACGAUAGCGCCAAGAAGAAGCGGUUCAAAAACUUUCGAAACUGGAGAAAGAGGAAACCUGAUAGUCAGGAAGAUAUCGGGGAAAACCAUCUGAUGAAAUCCAUCCCUCUUGUUGAGGAGCUCUCCAUGUCCGUGUCUCCCGGUCUCGAAAGAGCAUCAAGACCUUCCCCUCCUUUGAUGGAAUCUGCAAACCCACCUCCGGAUUGGUUCAAAUGGCUGGGAUGUAGUAGACAUCAUGCCAUGGUCGGGCGUGACGCUAACCAAUCCGAGAGUAGACCGUCUUUCUGUGAAUCUCAAGCAAACUCCAAAAAGAGCGACAUCUAUCUCAACGUACCACGUUCUACGGCAUUGAGGGCGGGAAUUGAUCCUGUGAACGAGUUCUCACAUAACCAGUUGGUGGUAGACAUGUUGGCUGCUAGGCAAUCCGAGAGCCAGAGGCGUUCUCCCCUUGCUGAGAAGCCCAUCCAUUAUGAGCAAGAAUCACACAUUCGGAUCCGGACUGAUCUAGGAUUGCACAAACUUUCGGGGUGUCCUCCAUCACUUCGGAAAUCCAAGAUCAAUCUGAUAGGGGAAGAUUACGACCGAACCAUGUUCAAUAUCGACCUUCACGAUUUGGUGCUGGAUCAAGUGAAAAAUAUCGACGGCGAUGUCAGGCUGUCCACCUUAGACUCCAGCAAAAUGAAGCACGUGGUCAAGAUUGUUAAAUCUCAGUACUAUCGCUUUGCAUUUGGUCUUGAGACGUUUGCCAACUUGGAUAAGUCAGAUCAGGUGACACUCUUGAACGAAAACAGCUACCUAUUCAUUCAGCUGUUGUUGGCCAAGGCCGUUGUGGCAGAAAAUGGAAUCCAGCAAAUCAACUACUUGGUAGGAGUCACUUCCCAGAGCAAGGGUCAUUGCAUUAAAAAAGUCUCUUUCCAAGACGUAUGUUCCAUGACCAAUCUGUUCAAUGGGAACGUAAGUUUGGAACUGGAAUAUCUGAAGCUGAUUGGUAAAUUGCGACGAAUGAGGUUAUUCAGCCAGAAGCUAUCGAUUUUGGCCUACUUGAUCGUUUUCCACGUUCUCCCAACGGACGUGUUCUGUCAGGAGGGUCUGAUUCUCUCGGGUGUCCAGGAUGUGGUGGAGCUCAUUCAAGAAGAAGAUAAUCAAACAAAACCUGAGGAUGUGUUACAAUUCUUUUCAUUACUUCUUGAUAUGAGACGACUCCUACCCACCCUCAGUUAACAUUAGAAUAGCAUGUCGACAGACUUAUAGAAAGUAUGCAAACUUCAGUUAUUCAACUAAACUUGAAUGUCCCUGUACAGGUUGCUGUUUUAAUUGAAACUGAUUUUUUUCUUUACAUAAUGCUUCGUUGAGAAAUCCAUGAAUAACCCUAAUCCUCUUUCUGUGCGGCUUUUACUUGUUUUUUUCAUCAACCCUGUCAGCUGACUUUCACAAAACGACAAAACAAAACUGAGUGGUAAUAAAGUGUAAGAUGAACAAAGCAUAGU